UGAAAGUCAGGAGCCUGAAGGAUCUUCCAUAGUGGUGUGUGCUGUCUGGUGAUGACUUAAAGUCAAGUGGGGAGUUCAAAGAUGGGUAACUCAUCAACAACUACACGAGGUCUAAAUGACCACAACAGUAUGGCCAGUGGAGAGGAUAGUCUAGGUGACCACAACAGUAUGGCCAGUGGUGAGGAUAGUCUAGAUGACCAUAACAGUAUCGCCAGUGGAGAGGACAUCUCAACAUAUUUUACAGGUACACAUGAAGUACAAGAAUGUCUUGAAGGUCAAGAAAAAUCCUGGCCAUAAAAAGUUUGUACCUGUAAAUCAGUUAAGUCUUGAACAUUUUCCUUCUGGUUACCAUGACAACGAUGUGUAUGACCUCACAAAAGCCCUGGCUGACCUAACUGUCAGGAUAGCCGUUAAGUUGACCAGUCCAGACAGACCAGAAUUUGUACCUGACACUAAAGAUCUAUAUCCUUGCUACAACACCAGGGGACAGAACUCACUGAGGACAGGGACUGGGAGGGUGUGGUAUGUGACCAAGUACACAGAGGGGAUGGACCAGACACUCAGGACCUACAGAACUUGUCCAUGUCCUGAAUGUGACCACUCGGACACACGCAGCAAAGUGUGGUGGGAGGUUGAUGUUGUGACAGCCAGACAUGUGGUUUUUGAUUCAAGAGAGGCGAGACAGUCCAGCUGUAGGUUGUGGUUUGAUGAUGAUAAAAGUCCAGUGGUCAAGAUUUAUGGGUGGAAGGUGGGUGGGUCAAACACUGAGGGAGACUCCUGUUGGUUGUAUUGUGUGACACAUGACGUAGAUGUAGCUGAUAAACUGGAGGAGAUGGUGAGGCGGUUUGAUGAUCUAUGGGAUAAAGUAGAGGACAAAUACAAGAGUCGUAGAGAUGUGGACAAGCUGACCAUUAUAUUGUCACAUCCUCAUGGCUGUUCUAAGCAGGUCUCUGUAGGUCAAUGGGUGGACAGGCAGUGGGUGGGAAACUUGACCAGGUACACGUACACAACGUGCACCUGCCCAGGUAGCAGUGGGGCUAUGGUCUACAGACUGGGGUGGGGCCAGUGGUCUAACCAUCCCCAUAGUGGAGCUAACUCUAGUGGAUUAAAUUAUAGUGGAGUGUGGGUGAACUAA